AUGAUCAAACCCAUCAAUCCCUUCCCAGGAGGUAUUUUGAUCCGUGAUCAAGCAGACAUCGAGGCCAUCGCGAGGGGCAAUUGGAGUUUAGCAUCAGACGGCCCGGCGUGGCGCAGCGGAUACCGCCGGUACGGCGCCGCCAAGCUCUGCGCCAUGAUGAUGGUGCACGAGCUCCAGGAUCGCAUGAGCCGAGACGCCAGUCUGGGCAAUAUUUGUGUUCUGGCCGUCGACCCUGGCUACAUGAGUACAGGUCUUCAACGCUACGCCCCGUGGCUGGUGCGGGUGCUGAUUUCCAUCCUCUUCCCCCUUGGCGCAUGGCUGAUUCCGGGCGGCCCGAUACGAAUUCCGGACACAUCGGCCCGGCACGUACUACGCGCGGCUUUUGAGUCCGAUGGUGGGAUGGUUGAGUUUCCGAAGGGCCUGUACUUUGACGGCGACAAGCUCGAGAGCACCAGUGAUGAGUCCAGAGAUGCUCACAAGAGAGAUAUGGUUUGGAAGGCAAGUGACCCAGCCGAGAUUGUGUGA